AUGGAAGUGACUGAUUCGUCGAAGGGCGACGACCGUGCUGCGACUCGCGAGCCUCAUGUUCGCACACUGAGGGUUCACUCUGAUCGAACAGCGACUGGUAGCGGAACCGCUUCAUCGCGGCUGGGACACCGUCGGGGCAGCCGUAUUGGGAGUCCAGCUGUUCGAGCCGACUCGCUAGCCACACGGGAGGCGCAAGCUCACCGCGACGACGCACAGGAGCCUCUAGAACGCGCCGAGAAAGUGUGCCAACUGACGUACGCUGGCCUGUUCGCGCUGUUCUUGACGCUGUUCGCAUACUUCUUGGUCAACGCCUUGAGUACGGGCACCAUCGUGCGCGUACGCACCGAGAUGGGACUCGUCAGUGGCGAACUGCGCAGGGUCAUGGAAAAUAACGUGUUUCACUACCUGGGCCUCCCGUACGCCUCAAAGCCCGCCAGGUUUCAACGCGCAGGUCCCGCCGAUCGGCUGCGGCUCAACCAUAUCGUCCCGCAGUUCCCAGGCGUCCGCGUGGGGUUUGGUCAAGGGGGAGCCGACUGGUACAACGGAGCGCUGCUGUCAAGCCUGGGCGGCGUGGUGAUUGUGGCGCCAAAUUUCCGGCUCGGACCUCUCGCUGUACCAUUGAAAGAGGAUCAGCCACAAGAAGUUCCAUUGCUGUCGCUGUCAGACCAGAUGCUUGCAAUCAAGUGGACGUGGCACAACAUCAAGUAUUUCGGUGGCAACACUAGCGAGAUAAGCUUGCUGGGCGCUGGAGGUGGAGCGUGGACCGUUGGCGAGAUGGUGCUUUCGAACCGCGAAAACGUUCGUGACAUCAUCAAGCGUGUCCUACUUCACGGUGGGUCACCGCUGCAAAGGUAUGCUCCGUUUCGGGCGUACCUCGUGGAGAAGGCACUUGGAUGCGGACCAGCAUCGGGUGAAUGCCUGGACAUGGCUGACGCCUCGAAGCUGUUUGAUCUGGCAUCGCAGCGUCUCCUAGGACCGCCGGCCACUCUUCUUGCGGCAGAACCGAAGCAGCACGACGGCAUCGAUAUCCUGGAAGACACGCUUACAAGACUCCAGGAGUACUUCAACUUCACGGGCCUCGCUGCGAUCUUCGACAAACUGCGCAGAGACACUGUCCAAAGCAGCGAUAUUUGGCCGAGAUUUCUGGAGGAUCUUUUGAUCCGUUGCCCUAUUGAGCAGCUCGGCGAUCUGUACCGUGUCAUGCACGCCACGAUAUACGGUUUUGUUUACGAUGACGACGAUCCAUAUCCAAGCGAUGUGGUCGAGAUGCCUUUUCCUGAUUUGGACAUGCUGUUCGGCGUGCCACUGAUAUCAUCAGACCCACCUUACCCCGAGCGGAUGAAAGAAACAAGCCUCCAAUACAUGAAGGUGUGGUCCACCUUCAUAAAAAAAGGGAGGUUGCCGAACGUGAACGGCAAUCCUUGGCCUGUGAUGAUCGAGGACUCGCGGUGGACGGCGAUCUCGGUCAUCAUCAAGGAUGGCAUGAAGUUGUCCGCCCCCACGAGGUUCGUCCACAAGACGUGCGAACAAAUCGACGCACUCCUUCAGCAGAGCAUCAGACAUCCGGACUCUGAUUCCAGUGAAUUUGGCACGGAAGGACACGACCGAUAG